AUGGCCAGCUGGGAAAAAGGGUCGGGGAGCCGGAGUAGCGGCCAGGAACUGAGCAGCGGCCGGGGACUGAGCGGCGGGGGCCAGGGCGGAGGCCGCAUGGCGGAGCAGCGGGGGCCAGGGCGGAGGACGGCCGAGGAUAGGAGUUGCGAGUGGUGGCAGGCGAGCGGAGUGGUAGUCAGAGGAACAAACAGCGACUGGCAGGGAGCUGAGCGGGCAGCCGGCGGGAGCGGAAGCCGGGGACCUGCAGCGGCCGAUGGGGAGAAGCAGCCGGCGGGGUCGGAAGCUGGGGACCUGCAGCGGCCGGCGGGGAGAAGCGGCCGAUGGGGAAGUCGGAAUUUGUAG